AUGUGCGGAAGAAGCGCGAACAAAGUGACCGACGCCAUGAAGUGAGAGAUUUUUCGCCAAGUUCUUCUUGUUUGUUGAUCCUCCUUCAUGAGGUGGUCCAGCUUCUCCAAACUUUUCGCGCAAACAACCUCCUCGAUUUAACCUACCCCUUUCGCUAUUCUUUUCUCGGAAACCGUAUCCAUUUACCUGUCUUAGCCCCACUUGGUUCUGCUUUUUUCCGUCGUUUUUCGACGCCAACUUCCAUGGAGCCACGCUGCCUCAGCGGCUCUUUUUGGUUUUUCUCCUUGCGGUAGAUUUUUUUGCUUUUUGAAAAAUCUUCAGUUUCUUAUUGAACUGCACAGGCCUCCCCCAUGGGAUGGGGGAGGCCUGUGCAGUUCAAUAAAGUUAUUUUUCUUCUGAAACUUUUAGAUUAUUUUGAGUGAGUUGAAGCUUCAUAACUGCAAGCAAGGUGUUGAAAAACUAUUCGAAAUUUUUCCAGGCUACCCAUUUUUUUCGUCGUCAUUUUCCUGUCCCCUUCGCUAGCGGUUCCUGCGCAGAAGCGGCAAAUCCAAACAGGAAUCGUUCCAAUUUUCGAUAGUGAGUUUUUAAUUUAUAUUUUAUUUCUGGAGGUCAGAGUUCAACAGCGGCCUGAAGAGACACCAGAGAAGUUUGAGCACUCUUACAUUGUCUGGCGUCUCUUCAGAUCGCUGUUGAUCUCUAGAAAAACUUUUCGUGAGUUUUAAGAUUAAUAUGACUGAGAAAGUAAGAAAAUCAAACGAGAAAGGAAAAUCGAGAGAUCAAUAGCCACAGAAGAGGUGCCAGAGUAGUUACAGAGAAGCUGUAGCUGGUCUAGUUGCCUGGCGUCUCUUCGGGCUGCGGUUGAUCUUUUGCUGCUAUAAUUAAAAACAGUCUGUAUUUAAGCCCGAUUGACUCAUGAACCAAUCACCUUCACCUUCACAACGCCUCGGAUCAUCCCCAAAACGACGCCAACCCCACCGAAGGUGAAUUUCCUUCAUAGAUUGAUGUAAAACGUAAUCUCGAUAUUUUAAUCGAGCUUAGCUUCGAAUUUCGCUCAGAGGGUGUAAUUACUAAAGAACUCCAGAGUAAUCCCUAUAGGGGAGAUAAACUGAUACCUCGAGGGGAACCUUCAACAGCCCCUAAGGUUGUCUCUGUAGGGACCACUCUGUUGUUUCUAAGUACCAGCUGUUUUUUCAAUGGAAGGUGGAAAGUAAACAAAUAAAACGAAAGUGUUAGAUUUCUUCUUAUUUGUUAGGUUAGGUUCGAAAAACUUGAAGUGACCUGUUUUUCGGUGAGAAAACAACAGGAAUGGUUCUCCAUUCAUUAUGAUAUUUUAAAAUUUUCAAGAAGUCAAUGUCCUUUGUUUUCUAUCAAUAAAAUACUUCUGGGAUCCCUCAGAACCUUCUUGAAAUUACUGGGGGAAAUUCAUAGCGACAAAAAGUAGAAUUUUCAUUUUCUUGUUUUUUUGUUUGCUCGUCAAAAAGCGUUCUUUUGAACAGUCGCUUUCUUUUGGGCGACCCGAGUUCAGAAGAACUAGGUAAACAGCCUCAAUUAGCUCCAUUCUUUCAGCUGGAUUCUGUUUUUUUUUUCUUCAAAAUAAAUGAGGUUGGACUUUUGAGCUGUGAUGCUUUGUCGAAGAUAGAAAUAGGCAGAAUAAAACGAGAGAAAAAAAAUAGAAAAGACUUGUUGAAGUCAUUUUUGAAACUUUUAAAGUAACUUAUGAGUUUUUGUUAAUUUUUGAACACCAGAGUCUCGGCAUAACUUCAAAAUUGGGCUUUUUGUAGAGAAAGCUUUGUUUGAACUGUGUACAAACCUUGAGAGGGACUCGAACUAGCGACCAUUUUGAUAUUAGGAAAUGAGCUGUCCAAUAAUUUUCGAAAUGAACUGACCAGUUUCAGAACCAAUAUCCAACGCUGAGACCAUCGGGUUACGGUAGCAAUGCGGGUGUUUAUCCGGCAGACGUCAACAAUAAUGUCGAGCGGUCUUUUUCGUCCUACGAUAAGGGUAAGGUGUAUGAAAAGUCGAUCGAACACAAAUUUAUGAUUCGAUUUUCGAUUUGAAAAAGGUUAUGCCAAAAAAUUGGUGAAAAAAAAACAAUAUUUUGCUUGGAAAUCGCUUUUCAAUCCAGAAAAAUGAGGCGAUCUUCAACUUUUUCAAUUUUAAUUAGCUAUUAGGAUGGCUAAUUGAACACUAGGUUGAAAAAUAUUUAAAUUGGUCUUGACACGAAUAGAGACAUAUCGUGCAAAAAAAAAGAGGUUAGAAGACAGGUUACUGUAGUGAUUUUGACAUCUUCGAUAUAAUUUUUAUCUUUUUGGUUAUAACAUAAAUAUACUUCUUUUUCAACACCUUGAAACAGCUGGGUUGUAAGAGAAACAGGAGAAGGCAGGCUUAUCAGUGCACGUUGUUAUUUGAAAAAAAAAUGUUCAAACUGUUUCAGAAAAUCCUUAUCAACUGAUCGAUCUACAAAAUAUUCAAAUCAGCACGCCGAUCUAUAACCAGGCUCAGUAUUAUGUGAGUUCUCAGUUUUUUUGAAUAGGAACACUUGGAAGUGCCGAACAACUGAAGUGGUUGGCAGAAAAAAAGAAGUAGAAAUUCAAUUUUUUCGGUUGGAAGAAGUGAAAUGAAUGAAUGAAAUUAGCAGAAGGCGAUGCAAGCGGCGCUUCAACAAGACGUCAGUUCGACCUACCGGGCCAUUUGGCAUCAGCUGGGCGAUACCUGGGGACAGGUAAAAAGUUUUUAGGUCUCUAGAGGGUUUCGUUUCGGGAAAAUGGAGGAGCUCGAUGAAGAAACUGCCAGACUUUAGAUUGUGGGUGAAAGAGAAUACGAAAAAUGGGAUUUACACGAGAAAAAUUGACCUAACUCGCAAAUGAGUCGCAAGCGGAAUGGCUCGAAGCAGCCUUAAGUCUUGCCCGACUUGAAAAUGCUUGCGCGUGGCGCCUCGAAGAGUUUCAAAGUUACGUGGGAAGAGUUUAGUUGGCUUUAGUCCCGAAUUGGACCGCGACGCUUUGAGCCAUUCCACGUGCGACCACGGCGUUUCAGGUAUUGCCGAAGCUUUGCCUUCACUAUAAAAAUUUUUUGUACAAUUUAUUCACCUGAACUCUUUGAUUCAUGGACCCAAGCGAAAUGAAUGGAAGACACAUCCGAAAAAAAAAAUGCAUCUUUAUCAUCAUAUUUUCAAACUUAUUUUCAUGCAGAUGAAAAGCCAAAUCCAAGCGAGCGGCGUGCAGAAUGACUGGCGACAGUUUUGGCAACACCUGACGGGUAAUUUUUCCCAAUUUUGUUGAAAUGAGAAAAUACUUGAUAAAAGGCGCCGUCGAACCGCAUCUCAACACGAUUGGAGAGCAAGUGGGGCGUCUGAUCAACACCUUCCUGAAACAGCAACAAAUUCGAGUAGCUCGCAGGGUUUGUGGCUCUAUAAUUGAUAUAAAAUGAUCGAAUGAGGCGAUUUCCAAUAUUCGAACUAUACAUUUAGUAUUAUUAAAUUCAUUUCAAGAUUACUUCAACUUUGAAAUUCAGGACGAACUUGUGCAAAACUACAUGGAUUCGGCCGAUGUCAAGCGCGCCGAGAGGGUAAAUUUCAGAAAUACCUCAAGUUGCUUCUUUAGUUUCAUGUUGAAAGGCUUCUAGAGGGAUCACUUCAACUUUCUAGAAUACCUUUUCUGAAAAUCUUUUUUCCAGGCUUCUGAAGCGAAAAACUCGUCAAGCCAAGUUGAAAGUUCGACAUGACGCCAAAUAAAUCUUUCUUUCACAAAUGAAUCCUCAUUUAUUUAUUCUCUCUCACAUUAUCAUGCUUUAACUCUUCUUUUUUGUUUGUAUUUUGUUUCCGAAUAAAUUAUUUGAUACCUCAACUAUAUUCAUUUUCUUUCUUUUUUUUCGGUAUCUAGAAGGUCCUGUGAAUACCUUAUGAACUUCAAUUUCGGCAGAGAAGAUUAUGGUGCAGAUAAAUCAAACCAUAACUUUGAUGGCGUGCCCAUUUUCCGCCUCGAAGCACUUCAUAUCUCUCCUCCUGUCACGCUCCGGUUGGUGUUCAUCCAAUUCAAAAUUAUUAUCGUUGACUUGAAUCUUGGAUUUAUGAUAUUCAUAAAAGGAGGAAGAAAAAUGCGAAAAAAAAAAACGGAAUUUCAGUGGCUGCAUAUUUAAGAAAACUGUGCUUUUAUCUCCAGCUUGGUUUUUUAUAGGGGUAGUCUUUCAUCUCCAACUUGAUCCCCUAUAGCAUGAAGUUAUAUGAAUUUAUUGACAGAUCAGUGUGUGGACCCUUAAGAGUUCACUUGGACCUGAAGUUCAAAUUUGUAUCGUUCUUGUUUCCGAUCUAUUGAGAAAUUCUCAAGUUCACCUAGAACUUUUCUUCUGGCCCUCUCAAGUUAAAGUGAAUUCUGAGUGGAUUCAAAUGUUUUUGGAAGGCUUUGAAAAACCGCCUGAGGCUGUUUGAGAACAUGCCACCCCCGUAGCUUGGGUCCAAAUUUUUCGAUAAAAGUGUUUUUUAUUUAGCCGAGUUUCCGGUCGGAAAGAGUUUUUUUUUAACCUUUUGAAAAACAGUUGAUAAAAAAUGCUGGAUUUUAUCCAACAUACUUUGAGGUGCUUUUUUGUUCAAAAAUAAAAAGAAUUAUUAUGUCAAUCAACUUUUUUAUUUCGAGGCAAAUAUCUGUACUCCAAUACCCACAAUGCUCAUCUUCAUAUUUUUCAUUUUUUUUUUUUUAAGAAGGAGGUGAUUUCUUGAAAAAGUAAAGCCAUCUAGAGCCAUUUUAAUGUGUCUGAACCCUGGAGUGAUCACUCUAUUUUUCAUAAUUUCUCUUCGAGCUUAAGAAAGUGAAGUCUCCAUAGAUUUCGGUCAUCACAUCAAAGCCCCUCAAGCGGUCCCUCGAACCUUUUCAAAGUUUCUCAUUGGGUUUCAGAGCCUGUCUGUCAGUAAGCCUUCGAAAUUUUCACUUUCUCUUGAAAGCAAUUGAAAAAGAAAAAAAGCCCAUUUCAGGAGCUGAAGAUCGCCUCAAUCGUAUGCAAAUCCGGUCCCAUUUUCGGCGGCUAGCCCGUUUAAUUAUUCAAUUCUUCUCUUUUUUUUUGUUUUUUAGGGGAUGGGUUUCAGGUUUUUAGUCGAGAAAUUGGCUUUUUUGGAGACUUUUCUGAAUCCGAGGCGUGAAUCGUAGAAUGACGUGGGAUCUUUUUUCAGAAAAAAAGAAAGACUAGAGAGUUCAAAAAAACUAUUUCUCCGGCUUACAAGGACCCAUUCCAACACGUUUCCCCUAAUUAUUCAUGGCUUAUGCAACACACACAAAAAAGAAAGGAAUUCAAUUUCCGAAAUGUGCAAGAGAGGCGGCUAAAUUAGUAGAGAACGACAAGUUUUUUUCGUCCCUGGAUUUCUUGAAGUAGUUUUGGAACUUUGCCGAUUUUUACAAAGUUUCAGCCUCAAAUUUAAAAUUUCUAGUCCCUUACCGCAGGAAUAAAAUCUUCUAGAAAAAGAAAAGCUCUGAUGAAAUUCCGGAUAGGGAUGGAAAUUUCAGAAACAAAAAAUAUGUACAUUUCAGCCUCAGAAAGUUUCUUUACUGAAAAAAUGAUCCAAAAAAAAUCGAUUUGACAAGUUUUAGUUUUAAAUGGAUGGAUCAGAGCGACCACGUUGUGAUAAAAAAUCAAAAAAAUAGCUUUGUACAACGCUUGCGAAUGCCACCGCGCGCAACUCGCCUUGAGUCGGACGCGAUCUUAGAGCAAACCGCUUCAUAGCCGCCACGCUUCGGGCCAUUCCAAAAGGGGUCAUCGGAACUCUCGAUUGCAGGAUUUUUGAGCUCUUUUCUGAGAAUCAAUUUAACUUUUCAUCGCUAUAUUUUCUAUACCUUUGUGCUGCGUUUUAAAAACUAAAUUUAAAACUUGUAAGUCUCGCAUAAUUUUCCUUCUGAAUAUUUCUUCGAUUCCCGAAAAGCAUGACACCAAAAAAGGAUCUCCUGCAAAUGACACAUCGUCAUAUCGACUGCUCAGCGUUUUUUUUUGCCUUUUUUCGUCAUAAUUAUUUUAUAAAUUGAAUUAUUAAUCGUCUCUUUUUUCAAAUUUUCCCCAUUCAUCAGGUUAGCUUCUACUUCUCCUUAUUAUUCGACCAGAAGUUUAGAAAAGUAGCUUUUUUCUUCGGAUCCAAGUCCGUAUAAUUAGGUAGAUCCCUCAAAUUUUGUUUACGAACCUCAAAUUUCUUUCUUUUUCUUCAAGUUUUCCCCACUCUCCUGAAAACUCGGACGUUUUCAUUUCAACUUUAAUUGAGCAUAUCGGGUAGCUCAGAGGCUCUCCGACACACUCAGACUUGAGAAAGUUGGGGGCGGAGCUGAAGAAAGUGGGCGGAGCCUCUUCACGCGGUUCUUCACUAUUAUUCCAGCGCUACUGGACUUUUCUGUUUGGACCUUUUCGUUGUUUUCAAUUGAGAAAAUCAACUUCAAAUCCAUUUUUUUUUCUAGGAUUUAUGCAAAAAAUUGCUUCUCAAAGAAAUACCGCAGGUGAAGCUUCCCAAAGACCUCACAAAACGCAUUUUUGUUAUGCAAAUCACGUUUUUUUCAUUUAUUUAUGUCUUUUCUGGCUGGUUCUAAUGAAAAAUACCGUCAUUUGGAAGAAUUCUGACUUGAUAUUCACUGCUGACUUGACUAGGAACGAAAAAAACAGAGAAAAGGGAAGUAUUUUCUGAUUUUCCGUUUGAAAAUCGCUUGACAAAUAUCUUGGAAUUUAUAAGCGGAUACCAGAAUAUAUUUUUAUAAAUUUUUUUAUAAUGUAUAUUCUUUUUUUGUUAUUGCAUUAUGGCGAAACAUAUAAACGUUUUAUGUACUUGAUUCCUGAAACAUGAAAAGUUUUGAAUACCGUCCUUGAUUAUUUCAGAACUUGAAAUUUUUCGAUGAUGAUUCCUUUUAAAACUUUUAUUUCUUGUCGUCCGAGCCCGAAAAUUCCUCCAUUUUAAUUUUUUUUUUUCUUUGAAAGUGAUAAACUAAACUUUUUUGUUGACCGUUCAGUUUUUCUAGGUUACGGUAAACCUCUCAUUCAGCCUAUUAUUUCGCUGAUUCGCUAGCCGUCUCAAAUCCAUUUGCCUCCGGAAAUGACGUUUCUAAUGGUACAGAUGGCGAUGAAUCUACUUUUUUUUGAAUGAAUUUUUUUUCAAUUUUUUUUUCCAUAUGCAGAGCAAGGAUUUGAGUAUUUUUGCUGACCCUUUUGACUUCAUUCAAAUUCCCAAGGGCGUACUUUCUUUUCAGCUCAAACCACUGCCUCCUUCUUCUUUCUUCCCCGUUUUUUUGUUUUUUUUUUUCAGAAAAUAUAUUUUCUCGUUCAUUUUUUCUACUUCUUUGUCUAAUUCGCUCCGCUUUUGAUUUGUUUUGCUCGCGGGCGAAUUCUCUUCUGCACCGUGUUUACGGGAUUUCGAAAAAAAACUUUAGUUGUCUCUUGAGGGUUUUUUAUUCUGUCACAGUGGUUUGCUCAGGAUGGCAUUGAUUCUGCGAGUUUUCAAAGUUCUCAAGUGGCCCCUUAAUGAAGGCUCAGGAGAGCACUCUUUUGUCCUUUUUAAGAACCACUCGAAAUGCUUUAGCUAGUAUUGAACAACUCGAUUAAAAAUAUUCAAAAAGACGGAGAAAAUUUGAUCUUGAUCCCUUAAGGUGUUACUCAGGAAACUUCAAGGUGCCGCUAUUCUCAAUCAGCUUCUCUUACAGAGAAAGUAGACAACAAUCUCCGAGUAAUUUACCUCAAGUGGCCACUCUGUUUUAUUUAUGAGAAUCACUCUUUUCAAUGGCUUUGAAGUGUGCUUAUAAUUGAGAACAAGCCAACCUGGGACACUGAAGACACCACUUCAGUUUUUUUUUUUUAAAAUCAAACAGAAGUUCUGCAGCGACAUCAACGAAAUCUGAAAAUUUUAGUCGAGGAAUACACUCUUAAAAGUCAUAAAAAAAUCGUAUAUUCGUAAUUAAAAAUAAUUUUGUUAAUUUUCACCGCCAUUGCUAAAUGGAACCGAGUUUUUUGAGUGGAGUUUUCAAAAUUGAAUUUCUCGAUUUCUGCAGACUUUAUUAUUGAAAGUUCAUACAACAUCUGGUUGAUUUUGUUAGGCAGAGUUGAAUGGAAUCAAAUUUUCCUUGAUUUAAUCAGAAAGUACGAGUUUAGGGACACUUUUCGAAGCCCUGAUGGAUUUCUUGGUCUCGAAACAUAUUCUCAUCGCUGUUUCACUUAUUUCAAUUGUCUUUCUUUGAACUCUCCGUUAAUGGAAUAUUGAUCAGAAGUUUCCAGUUUCAGUGAGCAAAUGGAUGGCGACGAAGCUUAUGAAGACUUCGAAAAUGUGACGGAUUGCACUUACAGGGUAACGUUUUUUUUCCAACCACAAAUUGAAGUUACCUUCCUUGUGAGGAGUAUUCUAUUUUAAUUUUCAAACAGAUUCCUUGCUUUAUUUUGCAUUUUUUUUUAGAAUUUUUUCGAAUAGGCGCCUCUAUUUUGAACUUAUUAUGAAGCGGCCGAAUGCGUAAUUAGUGCGAUAGGAACAAAUAAAAAAGCGUUUUUUUUUUUCAAAGUCUCUGUAUCAAAGGAAAAUUUUUUCUCAAUUUGAAACAAAUAUUUUGAUCAUGGAAAAUUAUUUUAUUUUACAAAAAUGACCUCAAUAUGAGCUGCGAAAUGAAUCGUGAUGUUUAUUGUGAUUGGAGUUUUAUUUCAAUUGAUGCAACUUUUAUUUUGUUGUAGGGAACUGAUCACAUUGAUGAGAAAAUCCUCUUGAUCGGCGUUUUUGCGACUUUCAUCGCCAUUUUAUCGAUAAUAUUCAACACUUUCUACACCAUCGUUUUCAUCAAAAAUCCUUCAAUUCGGUAAGAAUGUGGAAAUUCAAAUUCCCUUUGGUUUAUCGUUUUGUUCAGAAGGUCGGGUGUCUUUUAUUUCGGUAUAAUUGCGGUGAUCGACACGAUCAUGGCCGUCAAUUAUAUCGCUGUCAUGUCUCUUCCUGUAAGUUUCUUCCGAUAAGAACAAUUUUUAAAAAGUGAAUUAUUUGUUCAACUUUGAACUUGUCAGGUCUUUAAAGGCGCAGGUUGGAGCUUCAUUUUUUAGUCUUGCUCAUAAGCUGCGUUAUUUAGAGACGCAGGGUGAAGCCUAGUUUUUUUUUUUCAAAAAGCGUGAGAUCAAUAGCGUCAUGAAGAGACGCCAGAGAAGCGGAACCACUCUGUUUCUCUGGUGUCUCUUGAGGCUCCUCUGAUCUCUCGCUACUGUUGUUUCAGUCCUUUCUCAUUCAGUAUGUCCUCAUGAGGAUAUUAGAAAACUUUCAACUGUUUUUAUAAGCUCUGUAAACCUUAUCAUCCUCUUUUAUAGGUUUACAUGGAUUAUCUUCACUACUUGCCAUUGUGGCACCUCUUUUUGUCCUAUUUCCGUGUGGUCCUUGCCGAGAGCAACUGCGCCAUGUUCUCCUCGCUUCUCAUGAUUUUGCUGGCCACGACGGAACGACUUCUCAAAACCUUCAGUGGGAAACGAAUCGACGUUUGUAGGAAGUUGGUGAUAAUCGUGCGCCUAUCGAAGUAGAACUUUAAAAUAUAGAUAGACAAUUUUGAAAAGUUUCCUUCCUUUCGGCGAGGAACGGCGGAAGCAGAACUCGCAAUGUGUGUACACAGCGGUUUCGAUGCGUUUUUGGCGCCAAUUCAAAUCACAGAUAUUUAUAAUAUUCUCACGUUUCCUGUUCGCGAAAUAAAUAGACUUACAUCAUUCAUUUUUUACAAGGAAUUUCCGAAAUUUUUUUCAAAAAAAAAUAAAGAGAAAACCAACAAAAAGAGCGUCAAAGCGAUAGUUUUUGAAGUGUUGACAAAACGCAACGCGACUGAUUCUCAGAUCGUCAUUUUGCGCCGAAAAGUGUGGUAAAUAUGAUGUGUUAUAUCCAUGGUUUUAGAUUUCUGGAGGAAAAUCGGGCGAAAGUCAGCGCUUGUUGUAUUCUGGCUGCAUGUGCCUACAAGAUUUGCGUGUACUGGGAGAUCGACGUCUCCAUCAAAGGAGAGUGCGACGACGCCUGGGGGUAUAACUCUGGAUAAUUUUUUUUUCGGAAAAAGAUGUUCAUCGGUUCAAGAUCUUCGUAGGGUUUUUCUCGAUUAUCAAAAACUACGACGUUUUUCAAAAAUCUUUAAAGAGAAAUUCACGGGAAAAAUGGAUUGGCACAAAAAAGAUGAAGAGACAGAAAUGGCUCAUUGACUUCUCGACUGCCUAAGUGGGCUCUUUUGAACUAAUUGGGAACUUCCUGUCGACCUCUGUGAAAUGAAUGAAGAUCUUGGAUGUCCAGAACUUCGAGUAACGAUGGGGAAUAAACCCAUAGAAGAAUAUAGAAAACAUUACCCAUGCGGCAAAUUUUAUUGAAUGAUUUUCAAAACUGAAGAUCUCCAAAUUCUCUGAUAUCUUUCGCCUUACAACUUUUUGCUGUAAACCUUGGACCUUUUAUUUUUCCCAAAUUUUGAAGUCAGAUUUAGAGUUUUCAUCAAUAUUUGAAGUGAACAUAUCAAUAUUUACGUCAUCAUUUCCAGAAAAUACGAGAUCGUGGCAGGACCUCUGGCGAGGAUCCCCGAGUACCGUAUUUGGUGGAUGUUCAUCAUGAGGAACGUCGUCGACCGGAUUUUGCCGUUUUUCCUGCUCAUCGCUAUGAACGUCGUGAUCAUCAGGGUACGCUGAGAAAGUGAUAAAAAAUUACUCUUUCAAGAUUUGAAACGGUUCUGAGGGACACCUUCAGGUAUGGUGUUUCAUAUUGCAAUGGUGCCUUGUAUGACUUUUUUCAUAACUGCUUGACCUCUCACAAAAUUUGAAUAGUCUAAAGUGACAAAUUGUUAAACAGAAACAGUAAAAGUUCGAUUGAGCACUAUUCAAUGUCACUUUAAUUGAAUAGUCUAGUCUUACAGAAAGUUCACUCCGACUCGCGGUUCAUAUUUAAAAAUUAGAAGAUUCAGGCCGUGAAAAAAGAAGAAAAGAAACGUCAACAAAAAGAGAGUGUCGAUCAUAACGCGAUCCGAUCCACAGCCAACCCAAAGACUCAUCGGAAGAACGUUCGAGUUCGUUUUCAUUCAAACUGGCCAAUAUUAGAGGUUUCACUUAAGGACGCCACAAGAGCUCUUGUCAGCCUCGUAUCAAUGUACAUUUUGUCGCAAGCUCUACAGGUAUUUAUGCAAUUUUUUUCAAAAAAUCAAGAGUUCAGGAUUAUAAAAGGGGGAAAAUGGUCAAAUGAAUGAAGACGGUGAAAAAUGAGCCCGACAAAUUAGUCAUUGAAAAUAUCCGCAACAGGGUCUUGGAAUGGCAAAUUUGUGCUUCAAGUGCGAGAAAAGGCAUUUCAAAAUUUUGAGAAUUACGACGCGGCUAAUCUCUGAUCAAAUAUUCUACUCGUAGUUUUUGUUUAAAAAUUACAUUUGAGGUUCUUUUGACUUUCUGGGAGACGAUCGACCGGAGCAGCUUGGAAGACGGUUUUCCUGUCAUGUACUCUUAUUUAAACGACAUCGUCAGUAUCUUCACUCUUCUCUCCAGGUAAGUAGCAAGUGCUGGAUUUCCAGAAAUACAAUUUUAUUAAGCCCAUCAAAUUGAUUUAAUAGGAGCAAUAGGAAAAAAAAUCAUGAAAUUUUCACCGCUUUUGAGGUUAGGUCAAGUCAUGACAGGCUUUUGCGCCUUGAUAAAACCAGAAAUUAGUUUCGGAUCGACUAUUCAGGCCUUGGUAACGCGAAUCGGACGUUUCGGGGAAUUUCUAGCGAGCCCUUAGGUAGCCUCAGUACUCUCGAGCACUGAUCAGCACUAUGGGCUCGAGUAAAACCCUCAAAUUUUCAAUCACCCGAUUUUUGAUUAUAUUCUUUCUCCUCUUCACUUUCUUAAAACAAACACCUCAUUUCAAAGCGAAUAUAUGGCUCCACUGCUGGAAAGGAACGAAAAAAGAACGUCGCGGUGGGAAAAACAAAAGCAACCUAAAAGAGAAGAAGCCUAAUGAAAAUUAAGGCGAGUAGCCGAAUCGAGGAAUAAAUGUCCCCCUUUCUAGCCUCUAUAAACAAGGGCUCUUCGCAGUUUUUAGGCCUCAAGGGAGGGACCAUCUUAACACUAACCCAACAUGGAACUCAAAAACAACUGGAAGUUGCCAUUUUUUGAAUGAGAAUAAAGAAAAGUUAUCGAGGGAUACCCAUUUCUGGAUGAAGAAAAAAAAAUCUAACAAGAGUAAUAGAAAUCAUCAGUUCGAUUUCUAAAAAUUCAGUUGCCUUCGGUUCCCGGUUUAUUUUGCUUGUAACCGGCUGAUUCACACGGCCGCUCUGGACACUUUGGCCGUUUUUCGUAUCAACUGCACGGGAAGAAGGGAAAAACCGGCAGGUUUGCACUGGAAUUAUCUCAAAAGGCUUCUUCAAAUUUCUAAAACUUGAAAAAAAAAAGAAAUUGGAAAAAAUAAUUCGCCUUUUUGUAAGCUUUCACUAGUUUUGUCUUUUUUCCAGCAAAUCAUUGAUCUUAUCAUAAAUCUCUAACUUUGAGAAUACUCUCCGAUCCACGGGAACCCGGAAACUGGCAGCAAAACUCUUCUUAAUUCUCCGAUCGAGAGCAACGAUCGAACUAUCACCUACGUUCCGAAACAGGCCGCAAUUUACGACGAACGACUUCAAGAAUGGCGAUUGUGA